AAAAUUAACGACAAGCCCACACAUUUUUGGCGCGUUUUGAUGACGUGGACGACCAUCAUCUCAGAAAAUACAGAGACCGCCGCCGCCAGAAAAAGAGCACAAUGAACUGGAACAAGGGCGGCCAAGGUGUCAAGCGAGGGUUUGGGUUUGGAGGAUUUGUCCUUGGAGGUAAAAAAGACGAACCUCAACUUCCACACAAAUCUCACACAUCAUUUGGGGGUUCAGGAUCUGGUGGAGGAUAUGGCAAAAACCAGCAGAUGCCAUCCUUCUACAAAAUAGGAACUAAACGAGCCAACUUUGAUGAGGAAAAUGCCUAUUUUGAAGAUGAUGAAGAGGAGGCCGGCAACAAUGUGGAUCUGCCCUAUAUCCCAGCAGAGAACUCUCCCACACGCCAACAGAUGAAGUCUGGUGGGGGUUCAGACAGCGAAGAUGACCCUUUGGAUGCAUUUAUGGCAGAAGUUGAGAGCCAAGCUGCAAGAGAUAUGAAGAAACUGGAGGAAAAGGAGAAAGAGAACCCUGACAAGGGUAUUCGUGAUGACAUUGAAGAGGAGGAUGAACAAGAAGCUUAUUUCCGUUACAUGGCAGAGAAUCCAACCGCAGGGCUAACACAGGAGGAAGAGGAGGAAAAUAUUGACUAUGACAGUGAUGGAAACCCAAUUCCCUCUACCACUAAGAAAAUCAUCAUGCCUCUUCCACCCAUUGACCACUCAGAGAUCGAUUAUCCUCCGUUUGAGAAAAACUUUUAUCAAGAACAUGAGGAGCUUAGUACCCUGACUGGAAUGCAGGUUAUAGAGCUCAGGCAAAAACUGAAUUUGAGGGUUUCUGGAGCAGCCCCUCCAAAGCCGUGCACUAGCUUUGCCCAUUUUAGCUUUGAUGAACAGCUGAUGCACCAAAUUCGUAAAUCUGAAUACACACAACCAACGCCAAUUCAGUGCCAGGGCGUACCCAUUGCAUUGUCUGGCCGUGACAUGAUUGGUAUUGCAAAAACUGGCAGUGGAAAAACAGCAGCCUUCAUUUGGCCGAUGUUGGUUCAUAUUAUGGACCAGAAGGAGCUAGAGCCUGGCGAGGGUCCCAUUGCAGUCAUCGUCUGCCCAACAAGAGAGCUUUGUCAGCAGAUUCACGCAGAGUGUAAACGUUUUGGGAAAGCCUACUCAUUACGAUCAGUGGCAGUUUAUGGAGGCGGAAGCAUGUGGGAGCAGUCCAAGGCUCUGCAGGAAGGAGCAGAAAUAGUUGUAUGCACUCCGGGUCGUCUCAUCGACCAUGUUAAAAAGAAGGCCACGUCUCUACAGAGGGUCACAUAUCUGGUAUUUGAUGAGGCUGAUCGCAUGUUUGAUAUGGGCUUUGAAUACCAGGUUAGAUCUAUUGCCAGCCAUGUGCGUCCAGACAGACAAACCCUUCUGUUCAGUGCUACUUUUCGGAAGAAGAUCGAGAGACUGGCCAGAGACAUCCUGGUAGAUCCAAUUCGCGUUGUGCAGGGAGACAUUGGAGAGGCUAAUGAGGAUGUUACUCAAAUGGUGGAGAUGUUGCACACUCCUUCUGAUAAGUGGACCUGGCUGACACGGAGGCUGGUUGAGUUCACGUCCUCGGGCUCAGUCCUCAUUUUUGUCACAAAGAAAGCGAACUCUGAAGAACUGGCCACAAAUCUUACCCAGGAGGGCUACAGUCUGGGCCUACUUCACGGUGACAUGGACCAGAGCGAGAGGAACAAGGUCAUUUCUGAUUUUAAGAAGAAGAAUCUGCCUAUUCUGGUAGCCACUGAUGUAGCAGCUCGUGGUCUGGACAUCCCCUCUAUUCGGACUGUGGUGAACUAUGACGUGGCCCGGGACAUUGAUACACACACACACAGGAUUGGUCGAACGGGUCGUGCAGGAGAGAAGGGCGUGGCUUACACUCUUCUCACCAGCAAGGACACUUCAUUUGCUGGUGACCUGGUACGAAAUCUGGAGGGAGCCAAUCAGGCUGUCUCCAAGGAGUUGAUGGAUUUAGCCAUGCAGAAUCCCUGGUUCAGAAAAUCCAGAUUUAAGGGUGGGAAAGGGAAGAAGUUGAACAUUGGUGGAGGUGGUCUUGGUUACAAAGAAAGACCAGGCCUAGGAGCUGAGAGUUCAGGUGGUGGAAGCAGCAGCAGUGUCAUGUCUAGUAGUUAUGAAGGCUACAGCAAACCAACUACAGGAGCUAUGGGAGAUCGGAUAGCUGCGAUGAAACAGGCUUUCCAGGCUCAGUACAAGAGUCACUUUGUUGCUGCUACCGGUAAUGCUCCAAAACUCAGCACAAAGUCCAGCAGUACCUCAGGCUGGACCAGCGCGGGCAGCCUCAGCUCUGUGCCAACAGAGGCCGCCAGCAGUCCCAAGAUGUCUGGCUUCACCAGCGCUGGCACACUUAGCUCCAUCCCCAACAUCCAACCCAGUGUCCAACCAAGCCCCCAGCCCUUUUACCCCCCUCCACCCCCCAAAGACAGCUCCCGGGACAGGUAUGGGGACGAUCGUGGGCGCCAUGGAGACGACCGGGGACGUCACAGCGACAGUCACCAUCGCCACAGUGACAGAGGCCAUGGUGACGAUCGCUACAGUAGCAGGGAUCGUUACGGAGACAGUGACAGGGAUAGGGACCGCCAUGGAGACCGGGAUCGGCACAGCAGCAGUAGCAGCAGCCGUCAUAGCGAUAGUCGGCAUAGUGAUAGUCGAAAUGGAGAUGGAAGCAGGAGGGACAGGGAGGAGAGGAGGAGUGACAGAGAUGGAGACAGGGAUGAUGGUUUUGCUGUUCCUGAACCACCCAAAAAGAGGAAAAGCAGGUGGGAUAACUAAAACAGGAGGUACAACUGUGAACAGGAAUAAACAAAGAAAAAAAGAAAAUCGGUUGCAUUUACAUGGUUGAAUUGAGGUGGAGGGCAGGUUUGAAUUCCAUGUUAGUACUUUUCAUGGAUUAUAGUUAAUAUCUCUGCAGUUACCAGACCUGAAGAUUAGAAAAAAAUAUUUUACAAUAUUGUCAAAAUAUUAAUGAAUUCCAAUGUGUGGAUUGGUCAGUAGACAAAAUAUGAAGCAAAGUAGAAAGUAGGAACAAAUUUCAGUUAAAUAUACCGGUAACAGGAUUUGCAUUAUUUGAUUUUCUGUUCAGUUAUGUCUUCUCAAAACUAACUGAUGGAAAAAAAACAACUCCACACUGUUCUCCAUCUUGAGUAUGUAACAACAUUACUUUGAAUGCAACCUAUACAGGGAAGAGGAAAAAAAAUAAGAAAAUAAGACAUGCAAAAUUAUGGGCAGGUCUGAGUCAACAGAGCAGUGAUGAUCAAAAGAGGCCACAGACUGAACGUGUGGACUUGAACGCAUCACUCCAGGGCUAUCCCAAGUUUAUCAAAGAGAUCAACAUAAACAGUUUAGAGCAGUCACUGUACAUACACCACUGAAGCUGUUGUCAACACAAAUCAAUAGGUCUAAGCAAUAGAAAUCUCAAAAAAAAAAAAUAGGAUGUCAUUAUGUCUGUUUUAACUUUGCAUUUUUGUUAAGGACCUUAGUGCGUCUUAUCAUCUAAUAAUUCCCACAUGUAAAUUAACUCCAUUUCAGUGGACUGCAUUCAGCAAGAAAACCCUGUAUCUUUUUCCUUUUAUGUGCUCAAGUUUUAGUGAAGUGCCUUCUGCUGGCAUUUAGUGUUGGUGUUUAUCAUUUUGUUGUUUGUCAAAAAAAAAUAUAUUUAAUGUGUGUAUCAUCAACACAUUGAAGUUUUGAUUAAAAACAUUUCUUUGUCAA